GGUUUGAACUUUGAAGAGAGUGUAGCAUUAACUAGUUGAGUGUGUAUGAAAAAACAUUGGGUGGAUGAAUAGUAUCUGACAAAUUCAGAGGCUCCAAACCCGAGAAAGAAAUAUCAUUCUGUGCUACAAAGUCUUCUUCUUUUCUUUCUUUAUAAUAGUUGCUGUAGUAACUCUGUCUUCUUCCAUGCUCUCUAUCUUAUUUAUCUUUCAAGUUUCUGUCCAAACUCAAACUUAACUCAUCACUUUCUUCAUGUUUCUGACCUGUUAAUUAGUGAAAGGAAUGGGAACAAAUCUCAGCAUUCCCAAAACUGAAAAGUCUUCCGAGGAUGGUGAAAAUGACCAUCUUAGAUAUGGUUUAUCAUCUAUGCAAGGCUGGCGUGGAACAAUGGAAGAUGCACAUGCUGCACAUCUUGAUCUGGAUGAGUCCACUUCCUUUUUUGGUGUUUAUGAUGGACAUGGAGGUAAGGUGGUUGCAAAGUUUUGUGCCAAGUAUCUUCACCAGCAGGUGCUCAAGAAUGAAGCAUACAUAGCUGGAGAUAUAGGAACUUCUCUUCAGGAAUCAUUUUUCAGAAUGGACGAGAUGAUGCGUGGCCAAAGGGGAUGGAGGGAAUUAGCAGUUUUGGGUGAUAAGAUAAACAAGUUUAACGGUAAGAUAGAAGGGUUGAUUUGGUCUCCACGUAGCAGAGAUGCUAAGGACCAAGAUGAUAGUUGGGCCUUUGAGGAGGGUCCCCAUUCUAAUUUUGCUGGACCAACUUCAGGAAGCACUGCCUGUGUUGCAAUUAUUAGAAACAACCAACUUUUUGUAGCAAAUGCCGGUGAUUCACGUUGUGUAAUAUCUAGGAAGGGUCAGGCGUAUGAUUUGUCUAUAGAUCAUAAACCUGAUCUUGAGAUUGAAAAGGAAAGAAUCAUAAAAGCUGGUGGUUUUAUUCAUGCAGGAAGAGUUAAUGGGACUUUAAGCCUUGCAAGGGCUAUAGGUGACGUGGAAUUUAAGCAGAAUAAAUUCCUUUCUGCUGAAAAACAAAUUGUGACAGCCAAUCCAGACAUAAAUACUGUUGAACUUUGUGAUGAGGAUGAAUUUUUAGUGCUGGCUUGUGAUGGCAUAUGGGAUUGUUUGUCAAGUCAACAAUUGGUAGAUUUUGUACAUCAACAACUUCUCUUGGAAACUAAACUUUCUGGGGUCUGUGAAAGAGUGCUGGAUCGGUGUUUGGCACCAACAAUACUUGUUGGUGAUGGCUGUGAUAACAUGACUAUGAUUUUGGUUCAGUUUAAAAAACAGGCCAAGUCCAGUGCACCAGCAUUAGAGCAACCCUCUUCAAAUGACCCAGCUACAUCUGAACUACAAGAGUAGAGAGCAGUGAAAGUAGGUUUCGGGCAGCAACACUGCACACAUGCACUGAAUAGUGUGGACCACUGCUUUCUGCUUAGAAUGAGUCUAGAUGGACUUUUUCACUUUAACUAGCAUUUAUUUCCGAAUUUGUGUUUGUUUUCCACACCUAAGAGUCUGUUUUGCUUGUGCAAUAAGCGGCUCCUAAUGUCAGUGUUUAUAGCUAUUAGCAACAAUCUGCAGGCAUUUUGUGACGUUUAGCUGGUUGCUAAUAACAAGAAAGAUUUUGGUCCCAACUUAGAAUAUAUAUAUAUAUAUGAAAUAUCUCAUUAAAUGAUCUUGUUA